GCUUGGGGCGGGAAGAUGGCUUCCACCAAGCGGGUGCUGUAUGUGGGUGGACUUGCGGAAGAGGUGGAUGAGAAAGUUCUCCAUGCUGCCUUUAUUCCCUUUGGAGAUAUCACUGAUAUUCAGAUACCUCUGGACUAUGAAACUGAAAAGCACCGGGGAUUUGCUUUCAUUGAAUUUGAGUUGGCAGAGGACGCUGCAGCAGCUAUUGACAACAUGAAUGAAUCGGAGCUUUUUGGCAGGACGAUUCGUGUCAACUUGGCCAAGCCGAUGCGGAUUAAGGAAGGCUCUUCCAGGCCCGUUUGGUCAGAUGAUGACUGGUUGAAGAAGUUUUCGGGGAAGACGCUUGAGGAAAAUGCAGAGGAAGAGGGAACAGAGCCUUCCAAAUCAGAGACGCAGGAGGGUGAGCCUCCUGCUAAGAAGUCCAGGGCCAAUCCUCAGGUGUACAUGGACAUCAAGAUUGGAAACAAGCCCGCUGGCCGAAUCCAGAUUCUCCUGCGUUCGGACAUUGUGCCCAUGACAGCAGAGAAUUUCCGCUGCUUAUGCACCCACGAAAAGAACUUUGGCUUCAAGGGGAGCAGUUUCCACCGCAUCAUCCCCCAGUUCAUGUGUCAGGCUGGAGAUUUCACCAACCACAAUGGCACCGGAGGCAAAUCCAUCUACGGGAAGAAGUUUGACGAUGAAAACUUUAUUCUGAAGCACACGGGACCAGGGUUGUUAUCAAUGGCGAACUCUGGCCCAAACACCAACGGCUCCCAGUUCUUCAUCACUUGUGAUAAAACAGACUGGCUGGAUGGCAAGCAUGUGGUCUUUGGAGAGGUGACAGAAGGGAUGGAGGUGGUGCAGCAGAUCGAGGCUCAAGGCAGCAAAGAUGGGAAACCCAAGGAGAAAGUGAUCAUUUCAGACUGUGGGGAGUAUGUGUGAGUCCCUGUCUGUCAGGAGUCUGGAUGGGGUGACCAGAUGAGCGGUGAAGGCUGGAAGUUGUUCUGGAUGGGGAAAAAAGAACUGGAGACUGCCAAGAAGAAAAGUCACCUUCUUACUCCACAAGUCCCACCUGCUAUAUAGUUUCUUUAGAAACUACCAUACUGGCUUGGGCUGGACAAUCUGGUCAGUAGACAGCAUAGGCUCAUGAGUGGGUGCUUUUCCACCCGAGGGGGCCACAGGAAACUUUAAAAAAACAUGCAAUAGUUUGUCCAAUCCGGAGUGGAUCCUGUGUCCCUCCUCUGCAAACAUCUCCAGUCCUGCCGGUGUCUUCUGCAGAGAAUUUUUACUUGUUUAAAAUAAAGCAGAGCUUUUAUAAAAUA